GCAGUGUUGUUGAUAUCAACGUCUUUGAUCCAGGUCAAUUCGGGGAACUUUAAUACCUCAGUACCCCUUCAUUAGUUGCUAGGAUUUCCUUCCAUUCUUCGUCAUCUCGAAGUUAUCUCUGUUCGAAAUCUUGAAGUCGCGACGAUUUUUGUCGCCUGUUGUACCUUUUUUUGUCACCGCUUUCGUCCAAUGGAUUCCACCAACGGCUUUCAAGUGUUUGAGCAUGGGCAUCAAGAUGUUGUUCAGGCAGCGGACUAUAAUUUCUAUGGCAAUCGCUUAGUGACUGCAUCUUCUGAUCAUCGUCUGAAAGUUUGGGACUUGCAUGACGGAGAAUGGGAACUGACGGACACUUGGAGAGGCCACGAUGCCGAAAUCAUGGACGUGAAAUGGAAUGGGCCGGUAAUGGGCCAGGUCUUGGGAAGUGUUGGCGAAGAUGGGAAGUUCAAACUUUGGGAAGAAGACGUUGCGGAGCCACCUAACUCGGGAAGACGUUUCAAAUGCAUAUAUUCUCACACGUCCCCCACACAUGUACCAUACUCUUCCUUGGACAUGAAAAAUCAGAGUCUUGAUACGUUUGUUGCGCUGAUUUCUCGGGACGGUCACUUGACCGUUUAUGAGCCGUCUGAUCCUGAUUCUCUCAGAAAUUGGCAGCCACUUGAUUCGCUUCAGGUGUGUCCCAAUCCGUCAAGGGGAGAAGAAACUGGAUUCAAAGUCCGUUUCCACAAAGAUCCCCUACCUUGCUUCACAGCAGUCAUGGCCGGUUUAGGGGAAAGGUCUCUGUCUUUGGUUGUAGGCGCCAUGGAUACGGUGAAAGUGUUGCGCACAAAUCGAUAUAAUCAAUUCUACACGGCCGCCGAACUCAAAGGUCACAGAAGCCUAGUACGAGAUGUGAGCUGGGCGCGUGGCUCCGUGCGAGGGUCAGAUAUUAUUGCCACCGCUUGCAAGGAUGGCUUCGUUCGCAUUUUUGAACUUACAACACCAUCCCCUACUGGCCGCCCACUAGUGUCUACGGACUAUGUCUCUCCUCCUCGUUCUGCUUCCGAGACAGCCAACACUUCUACACCCCUUCGGGGAGGACGCAAUGCGCCAUCUGGAAUUGGUGCUGGGCUAGCUGGCGCUCUACGAGCGAACGGGGGCAGUCGCGAAAAUGACGGCGACUCGAGUCAGGUCAAGCAUGUGGUAAGAGAAGUAGCAUCACUCGCUGCUCACCAAGAGGGAGUUUGGAGAGUUGCAUUUAAUAUGACAGGAGAUAUGCUUGCUACUAUGGGCGACGACGGCAGGCUCAAAACCUGGAAGCGUGCUAUUACUGGCGAGUGGGUUGAGUAUGCCGAAAUUGGCCCCGAAGAAAUGAGCUGAACUAUCUGUCUAAAAUGGACAUUUUUAUCAUUCGCACCGAUAGUAUGCCAUUAGAUUGGCCGCCAAUUUUUCUUUGAGCACACGCUCGUCUCGAAUGGAAUCUCGACUUGUGGGCGGUUUUUCACUCAAUAAUUGGAUGGGACGGGUUCAAUUCACUCCUGUCUUUUCGGUCUAGUAGACAUAAAGCUGGACCUACGGAUGCCGCGGAGGAUUUACAAAGCAAAUGAGAGUUGUGUAUGGGCAUCAGAUUUCGCGCCGAGAGGAUGAGUUCUAGUUACAAAGAGGAACUCCAAGGCCAAAUCAUCACAGGGAAAAGAGACG